CUACAUAGAGAUAUUAUUAUUUACUUGUGUAAUGUUAUUUUAAAACAUAAUAGGCAUUAUACAUGUAAUUUAUCUCUGUACAUAAAGGAAAAGCAUUACUUAGUGAACUGUGCAAGCAAUAUGAAGCAAUAUAUACUGGUGCUCGCUCUAGCGGUGAGCUGCCAAGCCUUCUUCAAGCCAGGAGCUCAGGCUCCGAUGGAAGAUGAGCAGGUGGACGAGGAUUACAUAUUCAGGGAUGAUGAAAUCACUGAGAUCGCACCAAUCGUCCCGAAGUCUUCUACGGGCCAACAGAAAUGUGGAGUGCGUCACAAUAAAGGCGAAUUCCGAAUCGGUGGUACAACGAAAGCUUUGUUCACUGAAUUCAACUGGGUAGUGCCGAUCAUGGAAGUCCUCUGGAAUGGCACCGAAGAGUACGUCUGCGUGGGCUCCCUCAUCCAUCCAGAGGUCGUGAUGACUGUCGCCCACUACUUCACGGCUAAAAAGAACCUCAUCAUCAAGGCUGGGGACUACGACAUCAGCCACACCAAGGAGAGACACCCGCAUCAGGUCCGGGACGUCUCCAGCGUGAAACUGCACCCGAAAUUCAAACUGGGGACCCUCAAAUACGACAUCGCUCUGUUGUUUCUCUCAACCCCGGUGAACCCCGCCCCACACGUUGGGUUCGCGUGUCUCCCGCCCGCCCUAUCCAUGACCCCAGCCGACACCGCUUGCUACGUCACCGGCUGGGGCAUGGAGACCUAUGAUAAGAAUGGAGAGAUCUCGCAUGUUUUGAAAAAGGUGGAGGUUCCAGCAGUUGCUGAUAGCCAUUGCCAAGCGGUUUUCAGGGACAAAAUCGGACCGGCCUUUAACCUGCACAAGACUUGGAUGUGCGCAGGGGGGGAGGAGGGGAGAGACGCCUGCCUACGCGACGGCGGAGGACCGCUUGUAUGCCCGUAUAAGAACCCGAAAGUCGAAAAUCAAUACUUUCAGGCUGGGAUCGUCUCGUGGGGCAACAACUGCGGCUUGAAGGGGGUUCCUGGAGUGUAUUCCAACGUGGCUGCGCUUCGGCAGUGGAUCGACGACACUAUGGCCGCUGGAGGCUACACCACCGAGUAUUAUACCCCUUAGAUUGGUGACAGGUUUUUUAAGAAUAAAAGAUCUUAUUAAUUUAAAGUGUGGAGAUAAUAAUAUGUAUUAAUAAAAAAAAUGUUUUCAUCAAAAA